CCGUGAGCAGAGAUUGGCCCCGCCCGGCGGGGGGGCGGGGCUGAGCGGGCGGUGCCUGCGCGGGGGGCGGGGCGUUCCGCGGGCGUCGCCUCGUGGGGCCGGGCGCGCGGCGCCGGAGACCCUGGAUGGCUUCCACGGUGAGCCUGCCCAGAGACAGCUUGCUGGAAGAUGGGAUGCCCCCUGCCAAGAAGCCCAGGAAGCUGUUGCCAAGCCUCAAAACCAAGAAGCCUCAAGAACUGGUCCUGGUGAUUGGGACAGGCAUCAGUGCAGCAGUGGCUCCCCAGGUCCCAGCUCUCAAGUCCUGGAAGGGCCUGAUCCAGGCCCUCCUGGAUGCUGCCAUUGACUUUGAUCUGCUGGAGGAUGAGGAGAGCAAAGGCUUCCAGAAGAGUCUCCACGAGGACAAGAACUUGGUGCACCUGGCCCACGACCUCAUCCAGAAGCUGUCUCCACGCACGAGCAACGUCCGCUCCACCUUCUUCAAGGACUGUCUGUAUGAGGUCUUUGAUGACCUGGAGUCCAAGAUGGAAGAUGCUGGCAAGCAGCUGCUGCAGUCUGUGCUCCACCUGAUGGAGAAUGGGGCCCUGGUCCUCACCACCAACUUUGACAACCUGCUGGAGCUCUAUGCUGCUCACCAGGGCAAGCACCUCGAGUCGCUCGACCUGACUGAUGAGAAGAAGGUGCUGGAGUGGGCGCAGGAGAAGAGGCAGCUGAGCGUGCUGCACAUCCACGGCGUGUACACCAACCCCAGCGGCAUCGUGCUGCACCCGGCCGGCUACCAGAACGUGCUGCGGAACACCCAGGUGAUGCGGGAGAUUCAGAAGCUCUAUGAGAAUAAAUCAUUCCUGUUCUUGGGCUGUGGUUGGACUGUUGAUGACACCACGUUUCAGGCCCUGUUUCUAGAGGCUGUCAAGCACAGGUCAGACCUGGAGCACUUCAUGCUGGUGCGGCGGGGCGACGUGGCGGAGUUCCGGAAGCUGCGGGAGAACAUGCUGGACAAGGGCAUCAAGGUGGUGUCCUACGGCGAGGCCUACGGCGACCUGCCCGAGUACCUGCGGCGGCUGGCGGCCGAGAUCGCGCUGCGGGGGCAGGCAGGUGUGCCCAGGGAGAGCCAGCAGCUGAACGGCUCUGCCAGUGGCCAGGCUGAGCUGCAGCUGCCUCUGCUUCCCCACAGGAGGAACCACCUGAGCAUGGCCUCAGCCCCGGACCUGUGCCAGCGCCGCGGGGGACUCCCUGGGACCGACCUCACCCCGAGCAGGUCCCAGGCCUGUGUGGAAGCCCAGAGCCACAGGGAGCAGGGGGCCAGAGGCCAGAGCCAGGAGCUCCUGGCAUGGACACCUGGUGUCACGUAG